GCUCCCUCUCCCCCUUUCACUUUCUCCCAAUAGCACCCCCCUCUUGCCUCAUUUGACACCAAAAUGGCGAACUCAGCAUCCGGAAUGGCAGUUAACGAUGAAUGCAAGAUGCGAUUCUUGGAACUAAAGGCCAAAAGAAGCUACAGGUUCAUCGUUUUCAAAAUAGAAGAGAACAUUCAACAGGUCAUGGUUGAAAAACUCGGUGGACCUAAAGAAAAAUACGACGACUUCAGUGCUUGUUUGCCUCAUAACGAGUGUCGUUACGCUGUCUUUGAUUUCGACUUCACUACCGACGAAAAUGUCCAGAAAAGCAAAAUCUUCUUCAUUGCAUGGUCUCCUGAUACAUCAAGGGUGAGGAGCAAAAUGUUAUAUGCGAGCUCUAAAGAUAGAUUCAGAAGAGAGUUGGAUGGUGUUCAAGUUGAAUUGCAAGCAACCGAUGCAAGUGAAAUGAGUAUUGAUAUUGUCAAAGAGCGAGCUUUCUAAACUCUUCUUUUUUUUUUAUCAUCGUUUAAUCUUUCUGCACUUUGCUUUGGGGAGCCUUUUUUUUCCUCAAUUGCCAUAAAAUGGUAAAUUUAAUUAGUAAAUUUGGGUGUCAAAUGAGGGGAUUUGAAAUAUAUAUUAAAAUAUAUAAUUUUUGCUUCUUA